AUGGCUUGUGGUCCGGUGGAAGCUCGUAGUUGCGUAGCUCGAAUCGACGACGACGCGAAUGUCUCCAGUUUUAUUUGGGACGCAUACAGGAGGGUGGCACUAAGGUGUAGCUUCGUCUUCUACUGGGGUGAUAAAGCUACAUCUCCCACUGGGGUGAUGAUGCAAUGGGGAUGUGUUAUCGUGAGGAGAUCACAGCCUUUCUUGCAAGACACUUAUAGUUUAGUGGUAGGACUCUGGGUUGUGCGGUUAGAAGUCGGUAAUAAUGACGUUAAUGAUGACGUCAAUGAUGAUGACGUCAAUGGUUAUGACGUCAAUGAUGAUGACGUCAAUGAUGAUGACGUUAAUGGUGAUGACGUUAAUCGUGAUGACGUGAAUGAUGAUGACGUCAAUGGUGAUGACGUCAAUGAUGAUGACGUCAAUGGUGAUGACGUCAAUGGUGAUGACCUCAAUGUUGAUGACGUUAAUGGUGAUGACGUUAAUGGUGAUGACGUCAAUGAUGAUGACGUUAAUGGUGAUGACGUCAAUGAUGAUGACGUCAAUGAUGAUGACGUUAAUGGUGAUGACGUCAAUGAUGAUGACGUCAAUGAUGAUGACGUCAGAGGACUGCGACAGGAAGGUGCAGCCUUUGUUCAGCCAGGGACAGAUGUGUGGAGCGCCAUCUUCCGGGUGUUGUUUGUAUCGCUCGGUCCACGUACAAGGCUCGUCCUCGAGUCGUCUGCAACGCCUGGAUCAUUGCAGUAG